AUGCGAGAAAGAAACGCUCUAGAUGAUUAUUACAUGUACCCAGAGCCGCCCAGCGCCUAUGAACUCCUCGGCCGCUACGCCCCUAACGGUGACUUCAUAACCACUAGACUUCCGGUCCACACACCCAAUCGUGACUUUCGAUUCGCCCCUGUCCCUCAGGAAACCGCGGCAUUCAGUUCUUUGUCGUCUGCCAACUCAACGUCGCGCAGAAUCGUGCCAAAAGUUCCGAACGAAAUUGAUGAGUUACGUAGAAAGUCUGCAGCUGAUAAAUUUAAGGCUGCGGUUUUGGAACGGAUCGAGCAGUUCAAGAUAAACGAAAGUCAAGGAGCAGAGCUCGAUCAAUCGAACAGAGUCGCCGCGUCCAAGUUGCCAGAUUUGGAGAGAAAAGCCCCAGAAGAGGGGAAGAUGAAAACAGAUGUUCUCAAGGAAAGAAUGGCACUUGAAAGGGAGAUUGCUGAGUUGAGUAAGAGGAAGGAAGAGCUUGAAAAUCAAUUUCGUAUAUUGAAUGGGAGAUUGGAAGAGAGAUUGAAAGAAGUGGCCGGAAAAGAAGAAACUGUUGAUCGACAGGCAAAGGAAUGGAUCCAAAAAAAUAUUGCGGCGAGUUUAAGAGAGCGAGCUCUGAGAGAGAAGAGUGCUUUACAAGAAGCAGAAUCAGCAGCGUUGUUUCGAAGAGAAGAGGAGAUGCACGAAAGAGAAGAGAAGAUGCGCCGAAGAGAAGAGCAGGUCAUCGAAGAAGAGGAAAGGAUGGUACGAGUUCAAAGACGCUUGAACGAAAAAGCGUCCAGCUUGGCCACGGCACAACAAUCAAUAGAUCGUUUCUUUGAAGAGAGAAGAGAAGCCAAGCAGAAAGAGAACAAUUCGGAACAAGAUUUCUGA